AUGGAGGCUCCCCCUGACACUCACUUUCCCCCGUUCUCGCCUCCGGACGAGACGCUGUGGGCGCCGCCGCACGCGGAGUACCAUUACUUUCCGUUGCCCGCUUCGGCGUUCCCUGCGAGGUCGGCAGGAGAGGAACCCUGUUUUUUUGCAUCGCCCUUUGUCGAGCCGUCUACGCGCCUUCGUGAAUCGACUUCCCUUCUCUCUCACCCGCUUCAGUCUCUACCGGUUGACGACAGAAGCGUUCGCUCACCCUGCGCGUAUCCACCCCUCAGUCGUGGCGCCUCGCCUUCCCGGCCUUCCGCUGCUGGGUCGCCGCCUCCGUCUCAACAGACGUCUCCGCUGUCUGCGGGCUCUUCGGCGGCGAACAGCGCUUUCCCUGCUACCUCCGCGUCUCCUUUGUAUGGUCAGUCCCAUCCAUCCGGCGGCGUCCGCACCUGCCGGCUCCCCCACAAUGUCACGUGGAUUCAGAGACUGCCUGACCCCGCGCCUGCGCCGUUUCCUUUUCCUCAGACUGACCGCGGCGCUGUGAGCCAGUCUCCAGGCUGGCGAGGAGGAGGAAACGAAGACGGGGGCGACGACAGCGGAGACCAGGCUGUGGCUGAGCUUCAGCUCGGGCUCCAAACUGAGGCGUCGAGUCUGCUUUUCCGCCAUCACCUGGUGCAUUCCAUGUGCCGCAACCUCGACAGCUCGGUAAAGUGUGACAGCUCCGUGCCCGCGCCUCCACUCGACCGUGACCCUCUCUACUGCGGACCCGCGCAGUCUCAUGCAGCUGCCCCUGGCUGCGGAAGACUUCAGCCUAAGUGGCGCACUGAGUCGCUGUUCGUCCAUCCGUCUUUUUCUUCUUUUCCCUCCUCUUCGCCGUGCUCUGCCGCGGCAGCUGGGCACCCACGAAUCGGCUACCCUUCACUUGAACCUGAGAAUCGGCGUAGCGAGGGAACUCUAUCAACGACCGUUCGCAACGGCAGCACCUCGGCUGCGGCCCUGCGUGCGCGGCCUCAGGAAGGCCGUGCUGACCUUUCCUCUGCUGCUGCUGCAGCUCAGACUCUGCCAUCAAGUAUUCGCCCCUCAUGCGUGUCCGCGUCCCCGUUACCCGCGCUCGCUCGGGAUGGCCUUCCUAGGCCGUCUGCGGCGCCGCGGGCUCUCCCUCACGGCCCCUACGCAGAGGCUGUAAGGCUGGAGACCCUCCACACGGCUUUGUCGGUCUUGGCGCCCUCGGCUCCGCCAGGCCUCGCGUGUGACCUGCUGGGGCGGGAGGCUGCGAGGCGUGGAACCAUGCUGCGAGGACAACGCGAGAGAGAAGCUCUUUCGGCAGCGGCCGGGGCUGCUUCAACAGCCGAGCCUGUCGCGUGCUGUCCUGCGGAUAAGAAGGGAAACGGAUGCGAUGGCGAGGGGGACGAGGGAACUUCUUUCCACACAACGCGCGCGCCGACGACGCCGGAGGGCGGCAAGUAUAGGUCCGAGCCGACGAGCCAAAGCAGCGGCGCUUCCGCCGCGGGCUACCGCGAGCGAGACCGAAAAGCCGCAAAAAAGGUAACGAGGCGACGCGAAGGACAUGCAGGAUCUGCGAGGCAGCAGCGCGAGCUGCGGUGGCUGGACGGAGACAGUGUGCACUGGUUCAACGAAGAGCUGAUCCGGAGGCUGGGUGAGUACCGCAUGCAGCAGUCUGAGACAGCUGCAAAGACCAUCCAGCGAGCUUGGAGACAAACAGCUCAAGCGAGGGAGGCCCGUGAGCACGUGAAGGCGCGCCUCCUCGCAGAACUGCGCAGGCUAGAGAGCGAAGGCAAAUCAAGAGAGGAUAGCACCGGGAGCAGAGAACAGAGAAAGGGGCGAGAGAGAAAGGAGCGAGAAAGACACAAGGAACGCCGCAGAGAGGAAGCCACCUCGGGAUCCGAAAGGGAAGAAAUGGUGAAGACAACGUCGAGAGACAACAGGAAUCGAAGAGCCGGGACAAGAGCAGGAGAUCGCGCAAAAAACCAGGGCCGGCUUAGUUUGCUGGAGCGAGCCGUUCUGCGCGUUCAGGCGGCCUUCCGCGGGCGUCGAGUUCGGCGUGCGGUGAUGCACGUCGUGGAAAGUGGGAGGCGACGCAGGGCGGGUCGCGGCAGCUGCGAGGCUGCAGGGCCCUUUCGCUUUUCUUUUUCGAGUCUCGACGACGUAGACGAACUGACCCGCGUCCUGCUUCCCCUCGAGCUGAAAGUGUUGUCGGAAUCCUCCCCCGGAAACCUGGCCUCUAAAACAGGCGCCGACACAGAAUCGAGGCAGAACCAGACGCCACAGGAUGAAGGCAGGCAACAGGAUCGCCGUCUGCAGCGCGAGGCAGCCAGAGAGCGAAGAAGAGAACUCCGCGCGCAGGCCAUUCUCGCAGCAGAGAUCUCCCGACUGAGCACUCGGGCGCUUGAGCUGAGAAAAGCCUUGGCAAACGAGGAUGAUUCAGGGCCUCCAGCGAGGGGCGCAACUGGCACGCCUGGGCGGAUCGUUGCAAAGAAAGGCAGCAGAGACCCCCUUCCGUGCGGAUCGUCCCUGUCGCACCCCUCGAGCUCGCAUCCUUCGUCUUCGGCACUGUCUUCGUCACCUCCGCUUUCAUCGCAUCGUACGUCAUCUCCUCCUAGUUUAUCGCCAUCGCCUCUCUUCUCGCGCCGCGACUCUUUGCCUGAGGCCGCGCGGGCGACGGAGACGAAGGAAUGGCGGAAGGGGAGAGAGGAUAAGCAUGCAUCACUUGAAGAGGACGCAAGAAGAAGGAGCGGGAGGCGCGCCAUCAAGAGCAAAGACGCGGAAAAGGAAAGGGAGGGCGCACCAGCGGAGCAGAGAGAGAGAGAACGAAGGAGGUCAGAGCGACGCCGAGCGGACCACGAGAGGAGGGAAGGAGACAGAGGUGCAGGGCAGGGACGAGAGCGGAGAGAUGCGAGGCAAUCGACGACGGGGGAACGGGAGAAACGAUUUCAAGAUAGAGAGCGAAGCGUGCGCGCGGACGCAGAGAAGAAGCCAGAACUCGACAGCAAAGACUCUUUUCUGUAUACCCAUGGAGAGAGGGAGACUUCGAGUCAGGGCAGAAAGACGCGGAUAGACGAAGGCGCUUGGCGCGCCGCUGAAGGAAGCGACAGCGGCGCGGGGGGGGAGGGCUCCGAAUUCGUGGAACCCCCAGAGAAGGGAAGGAAGUCAGAACGGCGCCGCCUCGAUAGGUCGGCGACGUGUGGCACCGAGCCCUCUGACGACUCACUGGCUGCGCACUGGCGAAGGCGAAUGCGGGAGCUCGAGGCUCGGCGGGGGCGGGACAAGCUCGCGGAACGCAGGAGACCCUCGCGCAGCACCUUGCCACACGAAACCGAGAACGGAGGCCACACGGAGAGACUCGCAAGUAGGGCGCCCGCCAGUAGCCACAGCCAUCAGCUACACGCCGACGCGCGCGAGAGAGUCGAGCUGAGCUCUCCUUUGUGGGAAGCAGAUGCACAAGAAGGUGCUGCCCGGUGCGCCUCUGCUCCUCGCCCUUCGUCUCUUUGUCGCGCACUGGGCUGGGCGGCUGUGUCCUCCUCGCCAGUCGACAUCUGCGGGCGCGGAGGCCUCCGCGCAGGCGCUCUGCAGGGCGAUGCUUCGCCGCGGGCGUCCUUGCCCCUCGGGUCUCCACGGGUCGCCGCGGCCGCCGCCUCCUGGUCAGAGGCCUCCGGCAGCACGCAGGUCGGCACGGGGGGGUGGGGGGGAGGCGACCUCGAUAUUGCGGACUUGGAUGAGUCCGGAGGGUACGAGAGCGCGGACGGCGGGCCUGCAGAUGCCGUUUCGAUCCUCGCAGCUGCAGCAGCGGUGCGACGUCUUGGACCCUUUGCCCACCUCGUUUUCUCUGCGACGCCGGCCGCCGCCGCCGCACCGAGCCGCGCGCCCUCCGCCUCGCUCCGCGAUGUCGCGGCGCCGCUUCCAGCGCCGUCGCCGCCGCCGCAGCUCGACGACGCGAAGACUCUGCCGUCUGCCGCAGGCGCGGAGGCCUCUGCGCAGAUGCAGGCGGGCGAGGCAGAGGCACAGCGUGAAGCGCAGCGCAGGGAAGCGGAGGACAGGGUGAAGGCGCUUCGGAAGCAUCUAGGCGAGGAACUCGCGCAGAGGGAAGAAGAUUACCGCCGAAGAAACCUCCAGCGGCUUUCCGCUUCGUCGUCGCGGCUCUCGAGAAUGAGCUCGCUCGCUUGCCUCUCGCCAGGCAGACGCGCGUCGAUCGGCGCAGACGACUCAGUUCGGCCUCCACGCGGCCUCGAAGCUCCAGUGGCGGCCGAAGAAAAACAUCCGCUGCUGCAGGCGGAAGGCGCCGUCGAAACAGCGGCGAACGCUGUCCGCCCCCCUCAGCCGCCGUCUCCGCUUUAUGCCUCGCCGCUGGAAGAGGCGACCGCGCGUGGUGACGGCGACGAGGAUAGGAGCAGACAGCUAGCGCGAAGAAUAGUCGCAGCAGGAAGAGUCAGGAUUGUGACGGAGAUGUCGCAGGUGACCUUGGUAGAGCGAGAAGAAGCAAGACGAAGACGGGCGCUCGCCGAACGCAGAAGACAAGUUCUGUCGGCCUCUGUUUCACCUCGCAGCGAAAGUGAGCCGUUCCAGAUUCGCGUCACCGAGCCCUCUGCUACCCCGACGAUGAACGACUUUUCGUCGCCUCCUCUCUCCUCUGUGUCGCCGACUGCGACGAGGAAGCAAACAGAGGCGAAUUGGCUCUCAGCGCAGGAGGCAGAGAGAAGGGUAAGGGAAGGCGCAGCCCACACUCCGGGCGCAGGCGCGACGGAGGGAGGAGCGAGUGAAAACGACAGCGAGCCGGCAGUCACCGCGCAGCGGGCUGUCCCUCUGCUGAGACUCGCCUCAGGACCGCAAGGUGCAGGCACGCGGGAGGAGCGAGAAGGAGACGGUUCUGCUCCCAUGUCCUCCUCGCUUGCGUCGAGGCCUCCGUUCCUGCCGAGCUCCUUGGAGCUCCGACAAGCAGGGGGCGUCGAGCAGCCGGCGGCCGAAGAGGGCGACACACCCCUCUCCGGCAGAGGGCACCUGCGGCAGCCGAUGCAUGCGGCGACCAUGAAACUCCCCGCCCGCCCUCAUUUCGGUCUCCGGCCUCGCGCCAGCAGCCGCCGCAGCUCAACAGAGAGGCUCUCCGCGCUCGCCUCGGAUCGCACGGCUCGCUGGGGAAGCGUGGCUGACGAAGAAGACGUGCCCUUUGAGCGACGCGAGAGAGCGACAGACGUGGGAGCUGAGGAAGCAAGCAACGCAGCUACAUCCGGGAAGCAGCCGAGCGGGUCUGACACCGAGCGAUUCUUCUCACCGGCGCCACGUCCUGAAUGCUCCACGCAUCCUUCACCGCCCACGAUUCGAGGCCUGCCGCCUGCGCCUCGCGGUCUUCCCUGCGCAAGGGUCGCAUCGCCCUCCGUGCCUCCGUCUGGUCCGUCUCCCAUGUCGCCGUCUGGAAACUGCACUCCGCCGUCGCUGCCGCUGACGGGGGCCUCGGCAGCGCCAGGCCCUCGCCCUCUGGCGAGUCUGAUCCUGAGGAGGGAGGCGAACGGGCUCGUCGCAGUCGGCGCUCAGAGCGCACGUGGAAGUCCGCGGGAGGAGGCACAGGACGAGCGAGGAAGAGCGGACGCGACAACGAGGGAAGAAGGCCAGAAGAGUGAAGACGCUGAGGCGGAGGUGCCUCUGGGCUCGUCUCUCAGCAGGCCCGUCGUCCCCCGUCUGGCUCUCCCGCCCUCUCUCCCUGCUGGGCAGCCGCGCGCGAAACGGCUUCCUGCCUUGCCCCUGGCGGGUCGCAGAAUCCGGUCGCCGUCUCCCUCGCGUACCUGCGCCUCUCCAGGGGCGUCUCUCGCUUCUCUGCGGCCGCUGUCGCCUCUGGAGGUUAGAGGCCUCCGCGCGAAAACGAGCAGCGCGCCGCCGAGGCCCUCUUCCUCCUCCUCUGUGGAGGCGGAGGAAGACGCGUCGCCGGCGAAGAGCGGGCCUGAUGCAGCGGCGGAUCUCGAAAGUAGCGAAAGCGGGAAGGCAUGCGGGAAAGGAAACGAGAAAGCUCUCCGAGAGAACGGGUCUUCUGAGAGGCGAACUCCGGCUGCCGGCUCGCCAGCCUCACUAGACUCGCCGCCAUCUUCGUCUCUUUUGUUCACUGCUCUCCGCGCGCCCGCCGUCACGUCCUCAUCAUCGCCUCUGUCUGCUGGCGCGUCUCCUUCUUCUGACUCUCCCUCUCCGCCUCGGGCUUCCGCGCUGGCUGCGUCGCUGCUCGCUGCCUCGCUGGAGCAGAAGCGGGACGGAGUUCUGCGCCAGAGAGAGACAGCUAGAAAAGGCGAACGCCCUGCAAGGGCUGUUUCGCCGCUCGCGUCUCCCCGGCCGCUCUCCGCGCUGGCUCUGCGCGGACUGCGCGCGAGGGAAUCGAGUCGCGGUUCGCCGCCAGAGACGAAAGCGACUGAAGCGCGAAUGGAUGCGCAACCAAGGAGAGAAGAAGAACGCGCGAGAGUGGGCGACGAAAGUCUGCGACCCGGAGAAGAGAACGCAGCUGAGGGGACGAAGCAGGCGGCAGGCACAGAGCGGAAGGGAGUGGGAGAUAAAGCACCAACCGCCACAGUUGCAGCGGUGCAGAGGGAGUCAAGAGAGCAGCAAACGCUCGACAGAGGUGAAGUGCGAGACGCGGGCGCAGUCAAAGACGAGUUGAAGACCGAAAGCGAGCCGUGGCGAAGGAACGAGGGAAACCCUCACAGGAGGAAGCAAGAGGAGGACGCGCUGAGGGAACUGUUCAAGCGUUACGAACUGAGGCGGAGAGAGGAAGGCGAAAAGGAGCGACGGAGGACAGAGCAUUUCGAGGCGGAAACUGCGGAAGAAACCCGCAAACUGGCAGAUACACUGAAAGAGGACGGGGAGACAGACGAGGCACACAGUCUGGAAGAGGCUGGCAGAAAAACGACGGACAAAGGAUUCCCAGCAGAACCGAGGACGCCAGCAGAAGCGCCGAAGAAGACGAAAGAAGCCAUUACCGCGAAAGUUGUAGCAGGCAAUGAAACAGUGCAGAAGGAGCAAGAGCGGCAAACGACGGAGAGGUCCAACAGGGGCAAGAAGGAGGACGAGAAGGGAGCGGAAGUGAAACAGAAGACAGACGUGGAGGAGCGGCAGAAACCAGAGGAGGAAGAGAGGCGCGCAAAGGAAGACGAGGCAUCCCGAACGAAAGGAGAGGAAGAAAGGAGGCAGAAGGAAGCGGACGAAAGGGAAAAGAAGGAGGAGGAAGAGGGGCGAAAAAAGACGGCGCAGGAAGAGAGACAAUACCGCGAAGCGGAGGAGAGGCAAAAGGAGGAGGCGGAGGAGAGACAGAGGCAAGAGGCUGUGGAGAAAAGGAAGAAGGAGGCGGAGGAGAGGCGCAAGAAGGAAGAGGAAGAGAAACGAACGGAGGAGGAAGAGAGUCGAAACCAAGAAACAGAAAAGCGGCGACUUAAGGAGGGGGAAGAGAGACAAAAACGGGAAGCGGAAGAGAAGCGAAGGAAGGAGGCGGAAGAAAGGCGCAGGGAGGAGGAGGAAGAGAGGCGAAACCAGGAAGCAGAAAAACGGCGACUUAAGGAGGAGGAAGAGAGAGUAACGAGGGAGGCCGAAGAAAGGCGCAAGAAGGAGGAGGAAGAGUCACGAAGAAAGGAGCUGGAGGCCGCCCAGAAGGCGGAAGAAGCGCGACGAAAGCAGCAAGCGGAGGAGGAGCGUAAGCGAAGAGAGGAAGAAGAGUUGAAGAAGAAGGCAGAAGAUGAGCGGCGUGCCAAAGAAGAGCGGAGACGGCUAAUCCAGGAGCACUUGGAGCGCCGCAGAGAACAGGAGAAGCUUCGCAGCAUGCAAACUCGGCAGCAACAGAUCGAUAUGAUCACGCAACAGCAAGGUAAAAACGCGGAUUUGCUGCGUCGCCGCGUGGCAACCGUGCAGAUUCAGAGAGCAUGGCGGAGGCACCGGAAGCGCCUCUUUCUCAAGCGCAACAGAGAGAAGCGGACGUUGAGCACGGGUGCCCUGAAAGAACAAGAGGAACGACGUGAAGAAGCGGCGAGGAAGGAGAGAGAAAAACGGCAUGAAGAUCUGCGGCGCCGGGCCUGGCAGGCUGCUGAGACACGUCGGAGGGAGGAGGAAGAAUGCGAGCGGAAAGCAGCGCUGGAGCGGCGCAUGCGCGAGGAAGAAAGACGAAAGAAAGAGGACGAAGAUACGAAGAAACGCGAGGAGGAGGAAAAGGAACGACGAGCAAAGGAACAGCGGCGCCAGGAACUUUGGGAAGAACAAGAGCGUGCGAGGCGAGAAAUGGAGGCCAGACGAAGAAGAGAAAGUGAUGCGGCAGAGGAAGCAUUCGAAAUCGAAACGCAGCGCCGUCGGCUGUCGUCGCCCUUUCCUUUGCCUGCGGCUCUGCUGAUCGCGUCAGCGGACACCUCGCAGAGACCUUGUCCCCCCGAGUCCGAUGGAGACGACCUCUCUUUUGUCUCUCCGCCAGAAUCCCUUUUUUCUCAGUCUUCGGAUGAGGAGGGCGACGAGAUCCUCGCGCUGCGAAGGCUGCAGCAGACGCUGGAUGAAGAGGCGAGGAAAGCGGGAGUGAGGACGUUUGCGCCGAUCGUGCAGGAGGCCGAGGACGGCCCAAUAGCUCGCUCUCUGACCCUCUAUGACCGGUCUAAAGGGAAGACUGAAGUUGUCAAACAGAAGACGGCAAAAACCCGCGAAGCGACAGGGCUCGAGAGCGGAGACUCGCGUGCAUCCGGCUCUCUGUCGAACUCUGACAGAGAGAGAGGAUCGGUCGCCGGACAGAGGAUUUUGUUGGUAGAUUCGCGUGAGGAGGAGGCGCGCAACAGCGAACAGCAGCCGAGACAAGCACGCGACGCAGCCGCCUCGGGGGCGGGGGACGAAGAGGGACGUAAUCGUGAGGGCAAGCGACUCUCCGCCAGCAGAGAAAGUUCAUUCGGAGAAGAGUCGCGCCUGACGAAGCAGUCCAGCGACGAAUUGCCGCGAAUCGUGCUGCACAUGUCGAGUUGGCACCCGGAUGAUUCGUCUGCUCCAAGCCAGUCUAGCGAUGAGGAAGAGAGCGACAGCGCGCGGUGGGGCGCGCAGAGCGACGCGGAGGAUCGGCGCAGAUCUUCAUGUGCGAGGAGGAGGCUGGAGGAAGAGGAAGCCCGUCGUCGCGUGCGGAAGAUGCUGCGGGAAGCGAUCGAUGAGAAAAUGCGAAGGAGUGCUGAGGCAGACACACCAACGGACAGAGGGAGCGCUUCCAGCCUGCGCCAGCCCCAUCAGUUCUCUGAACUUGAGAAGGAAACCGGGGUCAGGCGGACUCCUUCACCUCGUGCGCCCGUCACUUUGACAGAGACGGCAGAAGGCAUACCCUGCGCCGACGCGCGCCCGACGCAUGCGCGGAAGCCACGCGGUGCCUCUGAAAAUCCACCUCGAGUGACUGACUCGCCAGGGCCAGCAGGCUGCGUAAGCAGAGACACGGAGAGGAGCUCCAGCCUCUCUGCGCCGCCGCUGAGUCCGCGAAGGGCAAGCGCAGCCGACAUUUUGGGGCGACACGGCUACUUCUUUCGACGGCGGACGUCAGCCGCAGGCGGCAGUCCCGAGAGCGGCGACGCGACGCCGAUCCCGGGGAAUGGAACGGAAAAGGCAAGCCCCUUCGCCAACCAGCGCGGCGGAACGCUCAGUCAGUCUGGCUCACCGAGAUCGCCGUCUCGUUUAGGGGGGAGCGCAUCUCCUUCGCCUCCUUCGUCGUCCGUCAUCUCGCCCGAGAGCGGCCGUGGCAGCCCAAUCUCUUUGGACGACAGCCAGGCCUCAAGCGGAGCCCGACGGAAGGCGGGUGGAAACAAGCGGACUCUGCUUUCGCCACCAGCUCAUACUUUCUUUGCAGGCCCCGAAGAAGUCGCAGACCGUCAAUCCAGCUCAGCUGCGCGAGAGCUGCGAAGGGCGGAGACGCCGGCAAACUCUUCCUCAGAGGACAUCUCUAGGCAGGCCUUCACGCGGGCAGGACAGGAUCUAUCAUUCGGUCGCGACGAGCGGGGAGUGAGGGAAACAGGCACGGGAGCGACCCUCGUCAACGGCAGGGCUGGCGUUGAGGAGGAAUUGCGUGUCAGGCGAGGAAAGCCAGGGUCCCAGGAAGGGGGGAAUUCGCGCACGAAUGCCGAUCAGGAGCGCAGUGAAGGUGUUUCCGGUGUGCCGCAGGCUCCUCCAUCUCAGGGAGUGGGAGAGGGUCGUGAGGCGUCUACUCCCGCCACACGAAGGCCUGCAGCCAAAAGCCCUGCGGAUCUUUCCGACGCGAGAGCUGUCAAGCAGAACGCGCCCGCUACGGUCAUGGAGGGGCGUGGCACGCAAGAGAGUCUCGCGAUGAAGCACGUGCCGAGCGAUCGACCCAUAAAGCCUCAAGCAGGGGGGGCCCCCGAUGAUGCGCGGGCGUCAUCUGCCGGGGGGCAGGCAGGCGGGGCAGAGGCAAAGACUGCAUUGAGUGAAUUCCAAAGGAGAGAAGAGAUCGGACGUGCACCGGAACGCGUAAGCCAGCAAACGUGCCCUUCGACUCACGGCUCUCAGAGACCUCACCCAAGCGCGCAUGACCACAGGGGACACGAUGACGACGGGCGCCGCCUGUGUCGAGAGCCGGGAUGCCCCUGCCAGAUGAGCGAGAUGCUGGCUCAGAUUGAGAGGCCAGGUGCAGUCGCUCCUGCCGACAGGCCCCCGCGGUCGCGGUCGUCAGCUGGAAUACCCUUAGGCCCGAGCCCCGUACCGGAUUUGUCUCCGCGGAGCGAGGAGGGACCUGGGAGGUCGCGCAGUCGACGCUCAGAAGCUCGCGUGCCCGCUAUGCUUCUUGGAGAUGACUUCAUGAUUGGCUUGACAGGCGAUCGCCGUCGAGCCACGGCCAAUAAAACACGGGACGACGAUGACGAAGAGGACGAGCACGAGUGA